AUGACAUCUCCCCGCCGGUCUUCUUCCUGGCAAACUCAGCAACAAGAAGACCCAUCGUCUGAAGCAAGCUCCUUCUUGGAGCUGGGGCCCAAUCAUGGCUGGCAGAUGAUGUCGACGCGGGGACAGAGUUUGCCGGGGCUGCUAAGGACGUAUUCGUUUUCCGAGAAUAAUAAAUACGACUCAUCUGAUGAUAUUGAGUCCAGCUCUAUCAGAGAUGCUGUUGCUAGUAAUAGUAGGCAUUUUACUGCGUCACCCACUCGUGAGAGGCCUCACAGGCGAGGGUCGCUUCUUAUCGGAGAUACGACACCGUCUUUUCGAUGGUCGGAAUAUUACACGCCUCCAGUGCAGCUAGCCAAGCUUCGGAAACCAGUCCUUGUAGACCGCUUGUUGGACUCUUCAGUGGCUCGCGAUUUGAUUGAAGACUACGGUCGGUUCUGGGCUAGCAAUCAGCAGGGCAAUUUACAGACCAUUACAGAGGAGCAACCUAUACCAAUCGGAGGCACUUCCGCUACAGAUAUACCUUCGACUGGCGUACAAACGCAAACCUCCGAUAUACCAGAGACGAAUUGUACACGUCGCCUUUUGAAUGAAAGAACGCCACUCUUGCUCUCACCAGACCAGGGAAGUGAAAUGGUUGAAUUUUCACAGUUGUCCAGGGAACAAGACAACCGUCGAAUUGUACUGACUGCUGUCUACGUUAAUCUGAUGGCGAACUUACUAUUGCUAAUUGCCAAGAUUGUCGUAACACUAAUGACUAGCUCUGUGUCCGUCCUUGCUAGCUUGGUAGAUGCGGCAUUGGAUUUCUUGAGCACGGCGAUAGUAUGGAGCACAACACGGUUGACCGUGCGACGAGACCGAUUUCGAUAUCCUGUUGGUCGACAGCGUUUGGAACCCCUGGGAAUACUUAUUUUCGCCGUUGUGAUGAUCACCUCUUUCUUCCAGGUUGCGACAAUUUCAUUGCAGCGAUUGUUCGGGGAAGAUCACAACCUGAUCGCGUUGACUGUUCCUGCGCUCAUCAUCAUGGCAUCGACUGUGACUAUCAAGGGGCUUAUCUGGAUUUGGUGUCGAAGGAUCAAUAAUUCCAAUGUCCAAGCACUAGCUCAGGAUGCUAUGACUGACGUCGUUUUCAACGUAUUCAGUGUCAUUUUUCCUCUCAUCGGCACAUUCACUAAUAUAUGGUUCCUCGACCCUCUCGGUGGUCUAAUUCUUUCAAUAUAUGUGAUCGGCAAUUGGGCGACCACCGCAAACGAGCACAUCGCACACCUAACUGGCGCCGCUGCAUCAGCCGCUGACCGCAGUGUUCUAUUAUACUUCGUUAUGCGUUUUGCGGCCUGUAUUCGCUGGAUACAGAAUCUGGAAGCAUACCAUUCAGGAGAUAGACUGAACGUGGAGGUCGAUAUUGUCCUGGAUGGGAAUACGAGCCUGCACGAUAGCCAUGAUAUUGGAGAGAGCUUACAGUACAUGCUUGAGAGUCAGAUGGCAAGCGUCGAUAGGGCCUUUGUACACCUGGACUAUGCUGAGUAUAAUUUACCUACGCAUGUAGAUCAUACACAUACCUAG